AGUGCAAUUGCUUUGGCAAUAAGAAAGAACUUCUCCAUCACCAGUCCAUUAUCAGCUGGAGCUGGAGCCCGUGUUUGACCUGUAGAGGGCGGCCUGCAGCCUCUCUUCCCACCGGAAGGAAGGCGCACGUGACCGUUUAACAGGAAGUAAAUAAACUGCAUUCCCGCGCACUUAAAUCGGUGCGACAAGACGUCCGCGUUCAACAAAAUGGACGAGCUUUAUUUGGAUAACAUCGACGAAUAUGUCAACGACCAAGAUAAGAUAGUGACCUACAAAUGGCUGAGUCUCACUCUGGGGGUCCAUGUCAACACAGCCAAACAAAUGCUCUUCCAUUAUUUGGAUCACAAGAGGAAGGAAAGUUCAGCUCAGCUCAACGCCACCUAUCUGGUGUCGGGGAAGUUCGUGGACAAUGGCCAGACGUGUCACAAGGUGUCGGUUGUCAAAGAGGAUAAAUUGGAAGAUUUCAAAUCCAAGAUGAGCUUGAUAGUCAGUGUCCAUGUUUACAGCGUCCAGAAGGCGUUACUGAAAGACAGCGGCCCCCUCUACAGCGUCGACUACGAUGCCGUGAAAGACAAUAUGAAGAACUGCAGCAGAUACAGCGCGAUCCGCUGUGCCAGUGCCGUGCCCGUGUGUUCUCCGGAGCUGCAGCAGACGAGAGAAAUCCAGCAAUCUCCAACACCAGAGCCCGAAAACAAAAAACCUGGCAUGAACGGAGAGGCCAAUCUGGCUUCAAAACCGUCCACCAAGCCGCAGAGAGGCAUCAUGGGAAUGUUUGCCAAUAAGUCCGCUCCGAAGAACCAGGAUGGUGGCAAAGACGUUAAGCCAGAGCAGAAGGAGGAUGCACCUGUGGUCGAUCUCCACAAAGGAAAACCUGAUGUAAAAGCCAAUCCUAUGACAAACUUCUUUGGGAGUCAAGCAGCAAAGAAAGUAGUAAAAACAGUGGAGGAAGCAGCUCAGUCGUCGUUCUCAGCGGAGCGGCAACGUCAGACUUCACCGCCCGAAGAAAAACCAGCUGCUGCGGUGGAGCUGCCUAAAGACACCAAGAAAGACUCCAGGAGCAAAACCAAGCGACUCGUGGAUUCUGACAGCGAAGAGGAGAAAAUGGACAAGAAAAAGAGGCGAAGGAUUAAGAAGCCUGAACCAGACAGCAGCGAUGAAGAUGUCAUUCCAGAUUCUCCACAGCGGAUGGAAACGAGGGAACCGUCAUGGAGUCCGAAGAAGAAGGUCGAGUCUGUAUCUCAUUCACAUCAGGGGAACUCUGAAAUGAAGACGAGAAAGAGACGACGAGUCCUGAAAUCUCGGACGUUUUUAGAUGAUGAAGGAUGCAUCGUGACCGAGAAAGGCUACGAGAGCGAGUCGUACUCUGAAGCCGAGGACGACGUUCAGGCCGCUAAACGAGCUCCAAGAAAUCCCGUCGCUGCAAAACUCUCGUCCAGCACCAAGCCGGACGAGAAGAGGAGUCACAAGAAAACGUCUGCCAACGCAAAUAAAGGAACUAAACAAGCGUCCAUUAUGGGAUUUUUCCAAAAGAAAUGACGGCGGACAGCGCUGGACCACUUUUCUUUUUAUUGGCGCAGAGGAACCACAAGCUGCAGACUUGAUGCAACGAUCUUUUGGAAAAACCCCAAAGCUGAAACGCAUCACAUGGACCAUUGAGGGCCGCAAAGCCUCAAAAGGACUUUGCCUACAUGGACACGUACAUAUCAGGAUGACAACCAUUUUACCUUUUCACCAUUAACCAGAUGUCUUACUCAAUAAACAUUGAUUACUUUGAAA